AAGAGCCGGUCAAACAAAACUCCUCGUAGCUCGCACUAUAAAGCACCCGCUCGGCCAUAGACUCCCCAUCACAAGCUCGCCUUCAAACAAAUAAAAAAAUUUGCGCUCUCUUGCCUCUGUCAGUAAUUUCAUCGAACAUGAGGACUGCAACAAGGGCUCUCCACGUUUUCUUGGUCCUGGCGAUGCUCAGCGCCAUUUUCGUUGCGAACGAAGCUCGACCCUUCAAUGUGAUGGAGACGAAAGCUCCGGUGGGAGUUGCCUGCGGAGGGUUCUUCGAUGGGCUGUCGCUUGGGGCCAUCAAGCAAGCUGGGCCGAGCCCGGGUGAGGGGCACAAGCUCAUCAACUCGGAGACGCUCGGAGGGAUUAAGGACUCGGGCCCGAGCCCGGGUGAGGGGCACAAGUUCACCAACUCGGAGACGCUCGGAGGGAUUAAGGACUCGGGCCCGAGCCCCGGAGAAGGACACGGGCACGUCACCGGCACGAAACAGUGAUGACCGAACUUCGAUUGCUAGCUGAAACUAAGAAUAUUUUAUGGUUCCUUUCAUUAUUUGGUUAUUUAAUUUCUAUUUUUUGCAAUAUCAAAGGUUACAUGUUGUUGCCAUUCAUUGGGGUUCGAGUUUGAGUUUGGAAUAAAAGGGUUUUUUGCUGGCUAGCAAGGCCAGCAUCGUUUAACUUGUUUUGUCGAAUGUGUCUAUGUCAAAUUGGAAAGACUCACGUCAACCUGUCAUUCGAAUUAUUCACAAAUAUUGAAAGUAGAAAGGGACAUUGUUAUGUGUUAUAUUAUAUUAAAUCCUCU